AUGGCCACCACCCAGCAAGUUUUCAGGCUGUCACAGCGAACCUCUAUUCGAGACCUUGAGACCAGGGACGAGCCGAUCCCUGAGCCCUCCUCGAACGAAGUCUUGAUCCACAUCCGUAGCGUCGCUCUCAACUUCCGCGACUAUGCCGUCGCGACCGGGAAGUACCCUUUCCCCGUCAAGGACGAUGUCGUCCCGUGUUCGGACCUCUCCGGCGACGUUGUCAAAGUCGGCAGCCACGUCGAUGACUUCGCCCCGGGCGACAGGGUCAUCUCGGCCUUCGACAUCAGCACCCUCUACGGUGCCGUGAAGGACUGGAACCAUAGCCUAGGCGGGAAACUCGACGGCGCUCUUCGGCAGUACAUCGCGCUUCCCAGCGCCGCGCUAGUCAAGAUACCGGCCGAGGCGAGGCUCAGCUACUCUCAGCUGGCCGCCCUUGUCUGUACCGGAAGCACGGCUUGGAACUCUCUCUAUGGAAAUGUCGCCCUGAAGCCUGGGCAGACUGUGCUCUUCCUCGGGACUGGCGGUGUUUCCGUGACGGGCCUCAUUCUCGCCAAGGCAGCUGGCGCAACCACCAUUAUCACUUCGUCAUCCGACUCGAAGCUCAAGCACGUCCAAGAGACGUACGGCGCCGACUUCGUCAUCAACUACAAGACCACGCCCGACUGGUCCCAAGAGGUUCUGAAGAUCACAAAGGGCCAGGGAGCGGAUUUCAUCUUCGAGAACGGCGGCGCCGGGACCAUCGCCCAGAGCAUCAACGCCGUGGCGUACGGCGGCUCCAUCGCCGUUAUCGGCUUCUUGUCGUCCUGCUCCCAGGACCAGAUGCCCGACGUCGCAGCGCUCGCUCUGUCCAAGGGGGCGGUGGUUCGUGGAAUCAUGGUCGGCUCGAAGCAACACCUGGAGGAAGUCUCUCGCUAUGUCGUGGCUCGGGGUUUGAAGGUCCCUGUGGAGAAGGAAUUCGGUCCGGGACGAGACGAGAUCAUUGCUGCCUUUGAUUACCUGGCCAACGGUACUCAUGUCGGCAAGGUGUGCGUUCGUAUGUCUUGA